AUGAAACCUCCACCCUAUCAAAAUAUUUACUGGAGUAAAGGUAUCGGCAAAAACUCCAUAAAUAUUGCUGUGGUGAACUUUCGGGAACCAUGUCGUCUCCAGCGCUCCCACGCAGCCUAUAAAAACCGAUUGUGGGUCUCUAAGGACUGCCAAAAACUAGUUCUCAUGAAUCUAAAGAAAGAGGAUGCUGGCACAUACACGGCAGACAUUGUUUUACAAAACACAACUGCAAAGGAGUCCUUUAACCUGCAGGUGCGUAGAAAGUUGCCAGACUCUGAGUUACGACUGACCUGCAUUUCCAAGGGGGCUGGAAAUGGAACCUGGCAGCUGAUUUGCUCUCAAGAGACCUGGAAAGGUGAGGUGAACUUCAGAUGGAUCUCAGAUUUCUAUGCCACGGAUGAAACCUUAGGGAGUUCUGUGAUGGAGCUCACCUCCCAAGACCUUGAACUAAUAGUCACCUGCGAGGGAGAAAGCAAGGAUAGCAUAGCAUCCAGGACAGUCACCUUAAAGGAAGUUUGUGCUGGACAGACCAAGAACCCUUCAAGGCUGCCUCUCUGGGCCCUGCUGUGCCUUAGCAAAGUGGGAAAUCUUCUCCUUCUUGGCUGUUUGGGGCUUCUUCUGGUGGUGAAAUCCAGAAAAGCAGCUGGAGGAAGGAGGAUGCUGGUCCGAUUCCUGCCAGCCUCCCAGAGGAGACCACAACCACCUGCAAGACAUCCCAGCUCCAUGUCAAACCCAACUGAUGGAUGCGACUGAUGAACCUUCCCCAGUUCCUUCGCUUCAGAUGUCCGUGGUCUUCUUUGAUGGCUUUCAGGAGGGUUCUUUGGGACAAGGGUGCUUGCUUCCAUGGGCAAUUCACUGAAGAUGAUUAUCAGUUUGGCUAUUGGGGGGAGGGCUCAAAAGGUGGCCACGGGGCUAGUCCAUGUCACUCUGUGUGGCCACUCCCUUCUUUCCUUUCCCACAUCCCAAUUGCCCCAGAAACUGCCUCAUCUGCCCUCCCCCCCAUCACAAA